GGAAGUUUUUGGAUUCGAGGGAAAUGAAACUUAUUUCUCCACUACAAGUGAUUCAACCUCUGUAAUAGAUCCACACUGCUGUUCUUUUGGGGCAAAGCUGUAAAGCAAAUCAUAUUUGAGCUGUAUUUCUGUCGAGCCCUUAUUACAGGACAGAGACUGAGAAUCUGUUCAUCUUUGAACACUGCAAAGAAAUGUCUGAAUCUGCAGCGAGUCAGUAUGUGGAUCAGUUCAGCUGUCCAGUCUGUUUGGAUCCUCUGAAGGAGCCGGUGACGAUUCCCUGUGGACACAGUUACUGUAUGAGCUGUAUUACUGACUGCUGGGGCCAGAAGGAGCAGGGGCCGCCGUACCGCUGUCCCCAAUGCAGAGAGAGCUUCAGUCAGAGACCUCUACUGAAGAAGAACACUCUGAUAGCUGAGAUGAUGGAGACGCUGCAGAAGACGUCCCUACAAACGGCUGCUGUGGAGUGUGAUGUUUGCACUACAGAGAAGAACAGAGCUGUAAAGUCCUGUCUGCAGUGCUUGGCCUCCUUCUGUCAAACUCACCUGCAGCUUCACUAUGAAUCUCCUGCGUUUAUGAAGCACAAACUAGUUGAAGCUUCCAGAAACAUUCAGGAGAACAUCUGCCUCAGUCAUGGGAAACUUCUGGAGAUUUACUGCCGGGAUGAUCAUCAAUGCAUUUGUUGUUUGUGUAUUAAUAAUCAUAAUGGACACAGUGUGGUGUCUGUGGAUUCAGAAUGGACUAGUAAAAAGAAAGAGUUGAAGGAGGUAAAGGAGGAGUGUCAGAAGCUGAUCCAGGAGCGAGAGAGAGGUCAGCGGGACCUCAGUGAAGCUGUGAAGCUUCUUAAAAGUUCAACUCUAGAGACCAUGGAGGACACUGAGAAGGUCUUCACUGAGCUCAUCUGCUCUCUUGAGAAGAAACGCUCUGAGAUUAAAGAGCAGAUCAGAGCUCAGGAGAAGAUGGAGAUAGAUCGAGCAGAGGAACUUCACAAACAUCUGGAUCAAGAGCUGACAGAACUCAGAAAAAGACAAGCAGAGAUUGAGAAACUUCUGGUUACUGAUGAUCAGAUCCAGUGUCUGAAGAGCUGUCAGUCUGUGUGUGUUUUACCCACAUUUGAAGAUGUUCCCAACUUCACUCAACACACUCAUCUGUCUUUUAAAGAAAUUUCAAUCUCAGCAUUUAAGGAGGUUUUGGAGGAUGUAUGUCAACAGCAAACAGCCAAAAUAUCUCGAGAAGUGUCAAAUGUUCAUGUUGCACAGACUCCAGAACCAAAGACUCCAAAUACAUUUUGGAAAUAUUUCUGCCAACUGCAACUGGAUCCAAACACAGCACAUAAAGAAAUCAAACUGUCAGAAGAGAACAGAAAAAUGUCAUAUUCAGAUAAAGCUCAGAAAUAUCCUGAUCACCCAGAGCUAUUUGAUGAGUUUCAUUACAUCUUGUGUCGAGAGGGUUUGUAUUAUCGCUGCUACUGGGAGGUCGAGUGCAGUGGGGACAUUUGGGCUGUAGCAGUUUGUUACAAAGGAAUUGGGCGUAAAGGAAGCAGUAAUUACUGUAGACUUGGUGGCAACCAAAAAUCCUGGAGAUUGUCCCGCUAUCAACAGAAUGUCUAUUUCAUACAUAAUAAUAAUGAAGUCCGUAUCCCUGCUGUCUGCUCCUCUAGAAUAGGAGUGUAUCUGGAUCACAGAGCAGGAACUCUGUCCUUCUACAGCGUCUCUGACACAAUGACUCUCCUUCACAGAGUCCAGACCACUUUCACUGAACCCUUAUACCCUGCUUUUCUAAAUGGACAAGGUUCAUCUGUGAGGAUCAUAAAGAGCAGAGUUUAAAAAUAUAAUUUAUCAAAAAAUAGUACAUUAAAAACUACAUGACUGUAUUGGACAGUUAAAUUUACACAUCAAACAUUCAUUUAAAUUAAAUACGCUGUAAAAAAUGACCAUGAUUUUAACGGUAAAAGACUGUAAAAAUGCUACAUUGAAAAACAGUUAAUUGGUUUACAGAAAGUUUACGUAAUACAGUAGUCAACUUUUGAAGUGGAUCAAAACCUUUCAACAAAGUUGUCCUAAAACCUUCUUCUUAGGACAACUUUGAUUAACUUUUUUGAUCCACUUCAAACGUUUACUACUGUAUAUACGAUGAAUAACUGUAAUAGAUCUAACGGUACAUUUAAUGUCAUUUUACGGUAAAAUACCAUAAAAUUUACAGUUUUUGGAAGUGAAAAAUAACAUGUCAUAUAAUUUGCUGUGAAAAAACGUAAAUUGACAUUCCCAGAAUUCCCUGCGUGACACUUCACAUUUGAAUAUAUUUUCGUUGAAAUAACUGUUUCUUAGUUUUUUCAAAUCAGUUAUGUGCAUUAAGGUUUUAUGUUAAAUCUAAUGUUGUUAAAUUAAUGUUUAUUGCGUUUUUAAAAUGUAUUGACACUGUGUGCACCUUCUAUAUAUUAGUAUUGUCCUUCUCAGCUUGUGGAAAAGCUGCCUGUGAUGAACUUUGAUUCAUCAUGUGACUCUCAUCACCACUGUGUUUGGUAGUUGUCAGUGUAUUACAAAGGUACAAAACAGAUAUUAGUAUUUCAAUAUGUUAGGUAAAUUAACAUUAUAUCAGUUAAAUACAUUUUUUUACCAUAAAUUUAACGGAAUUAAUUUUAAUGUUUUUACAGUGUGUAAAAUAAACAGUUAUGAACCAUAAUUUUUACAAUAUAAACCUUUAAAUUAUAUGGUUUUGAACUGUAAAAUAGUAAGCUAAGUGCUGUCCUGUAAAACCUAAAACGUUGCUACCAUAUUUUUUACUGUAAAGUUCUGGCAACCACAGCUGCUGUUUUUUUACCGUAAAUUUUACGGGGAUUUUUUUACAGUGUAGUCCUGAAUAUGUAAAACAUGUAUAUGUAAAACAGUUAACAUAAAUCAAAGUGUAUUUUCUAGUUUGGUUGAUGUAACAAUGUUUAAGGCUCAGGAAAGAAGGAGGUGGGAACCGGGCAACCGGUGAAUGUUUCAUAUAACUUUAAUAUCAAAAUAAACAAACAAAACAAAAGUAAAGCAGCAGCCCCUCACGGACGACUGCCACAUAAAAACAUAAUAAAACAACAACACAUAUAGUCCAAGCCUGGUCCUCUCUUGUCCUCCACUGUCAUUGCUCCUUCUUUCAUCCUUCCGUAGCUCCUCCAUGAGAAAAUCAAGGCCGUUGCGGUGCACAGGUGAUGCUCAUUCAAUCGCACCACUGGCUUCGCUCCGUUCCCACAGCUCUCAGCCCUGCCCUGCUUGCCACAGUUGAUUGAAGUAAUGUACUUUAUUAGUUAUCACAAUGACACUCAGAUUGAAAUAUCUCUGUAGUUCAUUAUCAGAUUUUCCAGAAUCAUUAGUUACAGUGAAUUUUUGUGUGUAUUUCUUCAUCUUGGCAUCUGAAAGUGCUCAUCUUCUGCAAGGUUAUUCACUGCAGCUCAUAAUAAUUGAUGCAGUUCAUCAACGUCAGUUAGUUUGGACAUUAUCUGUCAAGGUUAUGGACAUUUCCUUCAAACCUAAAACACAACAUGAUGCAAUGUGUAAUUCAAAAUUUGAUAAAACACCUUUGAAAAAUCAAUACUGAAAAUUCUUUUAUAUUAACACGGUACAUUGGGACGUAUUUCUUUACAAUUUGGAUAACUGGGUUGACUUCAGGAUGUGAUAUGACUGUGAUUUUUACUGUUUCACAAAAAGCAGAGAAACAGCUGUGAAACCUUUUAAAAGAGGCACACUUUUAACACAGACCUUCUUUCAGUAGAUAGUAGAAAUGUUUGUUUCAGUUUCAUCUUUAUAUUUCUGCUUUUCUUCAGUUUAGUAUGUAAUUAAUGUUGUAAUUUCAAAUAAAGUGAAAAUCAAAUGAAA